AUGCAGCUGGCGGACACCGACCACAUGCGCGCGUUGGCGGAAGAGGCCACCCGCGAGUACGCGGACAAGCGCGACGCCGCCGACAAGGCCACGCGCGAGGCGGAGGCGAUGCCACGCGACGCCAGCCUUGGCGACGACGAAAGCAGCCCGACGCGGAAGUGGGAGCGGGCGCUGCAGGCCCGCAAGGAGGCCUCCGCCGCCGCCGUCGCGGCGCAGCAGAAGCUGCAGCAGUGGGCGGAAGCGGCUGCGGAGGCGGCGAGAGGAGCGCCGAGCAGGCUGGGUGUGGCCGGAGCACUGGCCGCGGAGGCGAAGCGGGCCUCCGCGGCGCUUGUGAUGGGCAUGAUUGACGUGGCGAGGGAGCGGCAGGAUGAGGUGGCGCUCCUGCAGAGGCUCCGCGAGGACGCCCUGGCCCAACGCGCGUUAGCGGGGAGCGGUGUUGUUGGCACCUGCACAAGGGAUCCGCUGGACACGACUGCGCUGAGCGAGAGGGCGUCGGUGGCGCAGAAAAGGGGCAGCGCGCAGCCGACGCCGCUGAAGAAGGGCCGCCGCCCCUUGGGGCAGCAGAAGGCGAGGAGCCGGCAGAACUGUUGCGCCGUCAUGUGA